GACCUGCCGGCACCUACCAAGGCAUGGAGACCCGACUGCGAGGUCGCAUGCGCACCUCCCAACGCUCAUGGAGACGUCGACAACAUGGGUAAUUCAAAUAGCGCUAACAAGAUCUCUGCCCAGGACAAAGCAAUCCUGGACAUGAAGAACCAGCGGGACAAGCUGCGACAGUACCAGAAGCGCAUCACUGUCCUUACCGAUCGUGAGAAGGAGAUCGCAAAGCAGUGUCUGGCUAAGGGCGACACGAAGAGCGCAAAGCUAGCGCUGAGAAGGAAGAAGUAUCAAGAGUCGCUGUUAUCCAAGACAGACUCGCAGCUGGCACAACUUGAAGUCCUUACGAGCGAUAUCGAGUUCGCACUUGUGCAGAAAGAUAUCUUGUACGGGUUGCAACAGGGAACAGCUGUGCUGAAGGAAAUCCACAAAGAAAUGGGCGGCAUAGAGAACGUCGAGAAGCUUCUUGGGGAGAACGAAGAGGCUCGGGCGUACCAGGAGGAGAUUAGCGAAAUGCUUGCGAACAAAAUGUCCAACCAAGACGAGGAUGAGGUCGAAGACGAACUCGAAGCCCUCGAAGCGGAGGUUAACAGCACCAAGUUGGUUCUGCCUGACGCGCCUGAGGCACAACCGCAAUUCACACCAGAGGAAAAGGCGCAGAUGGCAAAGGACCGGGCGGCAAGGAGGGCGAAAGAACGGGCUGCUGAGCAGGCUUCGCAACCCAUGUUGGCUUGAUCAAGUAUACGAUGACGUAGGCAUGGCAUUAGAGCGCGGCGUUUGGGUGUUUUGAGCAUCAUCAUAUGGAGGAUUCGGCGACACUACAGGUCUAACGACAUUACUAUAUGCAAGUGUCUACUCAAAGACAAACCUAUAGGUUAGUGGAUGCGUUUACCACGUGCAUAGAACCUUCGCGACAAGGCACGUUUAUGAAGAUAUCUUUUCCUUAGAUGCGUUGCUAUUUCCUUUCCCCGCACACCUCUCUUGGCG